CCCUAACCGGGGUCAUUGCCCGAGAACAAAGCAAAACAAAACGAAGAGACGAAAAGACAGAGUAACAGUCUAGAAGGAAAGCGAAAAGGAAAGUGGUAACGAGAAGUUACUUGCGAAGAAUUUACCAAUUUGAGCAACAUUUGAAAUGGAAGACAGAUGGCAACUACUAUUUGACUCUUUCUGAAAUAUGUAGAACGUUUCUUGUGGUUAACGAAGGCAUGGAAGCAGCAGACGUUUACUAUCGCUAUCAGGGCGCAGCCAUAUUUCUCCAGGAGGGCAAGAACAAUGACCGGUUUGAUACCCACCCAACCCGUCAAACAGUACGAUGGUAUCUUAUUGCCCACUCAACAUUUUUCUAUAUUUUGGACAUGAUGGCGGCACUCUUUCUUCUUGCCUUGGGACUGACUGAAAAACCUGCAUCAGGGGAAGUACCUGAAGAUGAUACACUAUAUCUCCCAGUGAUUGUCCAUGGAACUUUGGAAAUUUUGUCUCUGUCUGUUAUUGCUACUGGAAUGGCUAUAAGACUGAAGUGGCAAGGACCAAAGCUCUUCUUCUCUCACAAGAGGACACUUCUGAAGGUUGUUGUUUUGUCUGUGGUGUUUGUGGAAGCCAUUGUUGUCCUUGCGAGAAGUCAAAACCAUGUACGAGUGACAAGAGCUCUUCGACCACUCUUCUUAAUAGACUCUCAUUAUUGUUUUGGGGUUAGAAGAGUUCUCAGACAAAUUCUGCUCUCACUUCCACCAAUCUUGGACAUGCUGUUCCUGUUGCUCUUUAUCAUGGUAAUCUUUGCAAUGCUCGGUUUUUACCUUUUUUCUGACAAUGAAAAAGAUGAGUUUUUCAACAGUUUUUGGAGGAGCUUCAUUAGCUUGUUUGUCUUACUCACCACAGCAAACUAUCCUGAUGUGAUGAUGCCAUCCUAUCAGCGGUCACGGUGGGCUGUCAUAUAUUUUGGUGUUUACAUCGCAGUUGUUCUUUACUUUCUCAUGAAUUUGCUUUUGGCUGUGGUGUAUGACACAUUUACCAACAUUGAAAAGAACAAGUUUAGAAAGCUGUUCCUUCACAAAAGGCAAGCUGUUAGGCAGGCUUACAAGCUACUCUGCUCUGAAAGUCCUCCGCACUGGAUCUCAUUAAGUAAAUUUAUUGGUUUGAUGUCAUUUUACAAACCCAAAAGUACUCUUGUGGAGAAAUAUCUCAUUUUCAAGUCAUUGGACACAAGUCGGAGAAGACAACUGAGUCUGGAUGAAUUUUAUCACAUAUUUGAAAACAGUGAGAUGAAGUGGAAGCAAAUCACAGAGCACUACCAGCAGUGGUUUAUCUGUCUAAAGUCUUGGAACUGUCUGUACCGAACAGUCAAAGGUAUCCGAUGGCUGAUAACACAGAAAGCCUUUGAAUACGUCAUUUAUGCGGUCAUCAUUGCAAACGGAAUUUCUUUUAUCGUGGACAUUGUUGUGUUUUCCAACACUCCACAAAAUGAACGAGCCAACAAGAGAGAGGAGCUUAUGUGGUACCAUAUUGUCUUCAUUUCGAUUUACGCAGCCGAAGCUGCACUCAAACUGAUAGGCCUUGGUGUUAGGAAGUACUUCCUCUCCGGGUGGAAUAUGUUUGACUUCUUUGUGACUCUUGCUGGUUUCAUUGGUGCAGUUUCAACAUCGUUCAGCUUUAUCGUUUGUCUGAGGCCUCUAAGACUUCUGUUGCUUUUCAAAUUAAAGCAGAGAUACCGUGAUGUGUUCGAGACAAUGGGUGUCUUAUUACCGCGAAUGACCAGGGUGGCUUUGGUUAUUCUUCUGCUGUAUUACUCGUUUGGAAUCAUUGGAAUAGAAUGUUUCUCUGGACUUGAACUGAAAAACUGUUGUCAGAACACGUCAUGGGAAGAACAAUACAAAGAAGACGGCUAUUAUUACUUAAACAACUUCAACGAUUUACUGCAUUCGUACGUGACAUUGUUUGAAUUGACGGUGGUCAACAACUGGAUGAUAAUUAUGGAAGGGAUUGUUUACGUGACAUCAGACUGGGCUAGGAUAUACUUCAUGUCAUUUUACAUUGUCACGAUGGUUGUUAUGACCAUCAUUGUAGCGUUUAUUCUUGAAGCUUUUCUCUUCCGAAUUGAAUAUCGUAAAGAACAUCCUACUGACGAGAAGGAGGACAUGAAAAUAAAGAAAGAAAUUACAGUUACCUAUGAAGAACUCCUGGACUUGGGCGAAGAGUUUGUGCAAGACCUGCAGCCUAAUCAGCCUGUUAGGUAUAUAGGAAAACGUUCCAAAACAAAAAUGGAUUUGAGUAUAAAAAUGUACGCAGACGAAGUCAAGCAAUGGAUUCAAAAUGAAAGGAUUAUCGACAUGUCAGAAACUUAUGCGCAGUUUGAAGUUAUGGAAGAUGUACCGCGUAUGUCCCCCACGAACACACCCUCUUCACCAGACUCUUCAAACGUUUCACGCAAUGGUCAAGUGACUGAAGAGCUUGAAAUAAGAAAGUUAAACUCGUCGGUAGACAAGGACGACGAAUUAUGAUAACAACUCACUUAGGUAGUGUGGCUUGAGAAAGCGAAUGGUAUCAAACGCGCGAGUUACCAUGGUUACAUACAUUAGUAUCAUCAAAACUGGGAAUUUCAAAUUUCAAUUCUUUCAGUUCGUUUCCGCUGCAUUAUGUUUCAUAUUUUCCAAUUUGAAAACGUUGCUGAUCGCUAAUAUCUUACUGAGUGUUUUUAUCGUCCCAGUUGUCAUUUCAAUCGCCAAGCGCCUUGUGAUUUUUUUUAUUGAUUUUGUUGUGACGUGUUGAUUCCGUCGUCUCGCAACGGUUCUGUUCUCGUAAUGACUUUGUUUUAACACAACGAUGAACUGCUUUUAGUGAACUACAGCUCAAUGCAUCCGUGGCUGUCGAUAGAAUUUCAAAGAAAGUGAUGUGUGUGAGGCUUUUCUUUAAAUUACGAAGGUUGCAGGGGAAGAUUUUGAAGCAUUUACUGAGCAUGUGCCU